AUGGGGGUCCAGGAUGUGAUGGGCGACCGAGUGGCUCUGGGAUUUGGUGGUGGUGACACGGUGGCCCCGGGGCCCUGCGCAGGUGACAGCUCACCGCAGCACAGUGAAGAAUUAGGACACUCCUGGUCUGUGACCCCGUGGGUCCUGAGGGAUAACCGCACACUCAGCUUGGCAGAAGCGACCCAGGGGGGGUUCCCCGCCCGUCUGGCGGUCCUGCUGGAGCUGGAGGGGACGCGGCUGCUGCUGGACCUGGAGCAAAAUUGGGAGCUGGUGCAGGGCACCGGGGUGCUGCUCUAUUACCUGCCUGACGGCACACGGGUGAUCCAGGAGCCCAGCCAGCAGGAGCACUGCUGCUACCAGGGGACAGUGCAGGGCUUCCCCGGCUCCUGGGCCAACCUCUGUGCCUGCACUGGACUCAGUGGCUGCCUCUGGCUGUCAGACACCAGGAGCUACACACUGGAGCCAGACACCAGCAGCCCCCCAGGGCCACACGUGGCGUCCCACCUUCGGGUCCGGCUGGAGCCACGGAGCUGCGGGCAGGGCCCCCACCCUGGGGCAGAGGCAACAGAGCCCCUCUGGCCACAGAGGGGCAAGCGGGCGGCGGCGGAGCAGCGCUUUGUGGAGCUGGUGAUGGUGGUGGACCACGCUGCGUUCCAGAAUUACCCCAGCCUACAGCGUGUUCGUACCCGGAGCCUGGAAAUAGCCAGCCAGGUGGAUGUGUUCCUGCGCCCGCUGGGAGUGCGGGUGGCCCUGCUGGCAGUGGAGGUGUGGAGCGAGGGUGACAAGAUCGCCGUGGGCAGCAGCGCCCGGGCUGUGCUGGAGCGGUUCCUGCGCUGGCGCCGGGAGGAGCUGCUGCCCCAGCUGCCCCACGACAACGCCCAGCUCCUGACGGGUGCCCACUUUGAUGAUGUCUCAGUGGGGAUGGCGACUCAAGGCUCCGUGUGUUCCCCCACACGCUCCGGGGGGGUCAGCAUGGAUCACUCUGUCAGUGUCCUGGUUGUUGCCUCCACCGUGGCCCAUCAGCUGGGGCACAACCUGGGCAUGCGCCACGACGGCACCGGGCGAGUCUGCGACUGUGGCGACCUCCAGCACGACCGCAGCUGCAUCAUGGCACCGCCUACGGGGUUGACACCUGGCUUGAGCUUCAGCAACUGCAGCCAGCAGGACCUGGAGCACAGCCUGCAGCAGGGCCAGGGCUGGUGCCUCUCCAACAUCCCCGAGCCCCAGCUCCUGACUGGGAGCCCCACCUGCGGGAACCACUUGGUAGAGCUGGGCGAGGAAUGUGACUGCGGCCUCAGCGUGGAGUGCACCGAUCCUUGCUGCAACAGCAGCUCCUGCCAGCUGAUGCCGGGGGCCGCGUGUGCCACCCAGGACACCUGCUGCCAGGACUGCCAGCUGCGCCGUGCCGGACACGUGUGUCGGGAGCUGCUGGGCGAGUGUGACUUGCCCGAGUUCUGUGACGGGGUCUCACGGCACUGCCCCCCUGACACGUUCCUCCAGGACGGGCAGCCCUGCGCCGGCGGGCGGGCACGCUGCUACGGCGGGGCCUGUGCCACCUACGAGGAGCAGUGCCAGCAGCUGCUGGGGCCAGGUGCCAGUCCUGUCUCCAGCUCCUGCAUGGCUGCUCUGAACGCAAGAGGGGAUGAACGUGGGCACUGCGGGCAGCUCCCCAACGGCUCCUAUGUCACCUGUGCCCAGCAGGACAUCAGCUGUGGGAUGCUGCAGUGCCAGCGUGGGGACGGCCCAGAAGCGUCCUGCCAGGGGACCCCCUUGCCUGGGGACAAGGAUGUGACCGAUGUUGCCAUGGUGCUGCCUGGCACCACCUGUGGCCCCGGGAAGAUGUGCCUCCAGCACCGGUGCCAGGACAUCUCCAUCCUGGGUGACCAGGAGUGCCAGAGCAAAUGCCACGGGCACGGGGUGUGCAACAACCACGGGCACUGCCACUGUGAGCGGGGCUGGGCCCCCCCAACCUGCGACAGCCCCGGGGUGGGCGGCAGCCAGGACAGCGGCCCCGCCGGCCUGGAGCGAGGGGGAAGCGCCCUGCCCACGGCGGUGGCGCACACACCUCUGCAUGCGUGUGCCGUCACACACAGUGCUGAGACCCGGGCGCGGUUCCUGGGUCCCGGAGCCGCAGACGGCUGGAGCGGGAUCUCGCAGCCAGAGCCCCGGUCGGGCAGCAACCAAGGUCCCCCUGCACGUCCCCGGCCGCCGCAGUGGCGUCAGGCCACGGAGCUGCAGGUCAUGCAGGGCAGCAAGGUGAGGAUGGGCGUGAUGGAGGCAGCGGCCGGCUGCCCUCGGCUCGGCCCGGCCUGA